AUUAUCACUUUGAGUACACAGAGUGUGAUGUCCUCGGGUCGAGAUGGAGAGUUGCAGUUCCCAACAAAGCCGACAUAUGCACGGGCCUCCCAGAUCCAGUCAAAGGGACUCAGUGCACAUUCUCUUGUAAUGAGGGGGAGUAUCUUGAUAUGCAGUCACAGCAGUGUCAGAAAUGUGCUGCGGGCACCUACUCUCUGGGCACCAGCGUGGCCUUUGAUGAGUGGGACAGCCUGCCGACUGGUUUUGUCACUCACGGCGUGAUAACGAAUGAGGGGAAUGACCAAACGGAUUGCUCCAACUCAACCUGGACAUCAAAGGGUGACUACAUAGCCUCGAACACAGAUGAAUGCACUGCGACGCUGUCCUACGCCGUGAACCUGAAACAGCCUGGAAGUCUGUCCUUUGAAUAUUUCUAUCCUGACACCAGCAUCUACUUUGAGUUCUUUGUUCAGAACGACCAGUGUCAGUCGACAGACUCUAACAGCCGGUGGAUGCGGAUCUCGGAGAGCAGCUGGAGCAAAUACACGGUAGAACUAAAUAAGGGCAACAAUGUGUUGUACUGGCGAACUAUAGCAUACUCCCUGCAGAGCAGUGCUGUCAAACCUGUGCUUCUGAGAAACAUUCAGAUAUCAGGGGUGGCCUACACAUCAGAGUGUUUCCACUGUAAACCCGGCACCCACAGUGCAAACCCAGGGUCCGCACGUUGUACCCCCUGCCCCGCUGAUACCUACUCCAAUAAGGGUGCCACUACUUGCCAUGAAUGCGAGCAAGAUAAAUACGCAGUCGUCGGUUCAGCGAGCUGCAAACCGAGACCUGCAUGUACAAGCAGUGACUACUUCUACACCCACACCCCCUGUGACUCUGAGGGAAAGACUCAGCUCAUGUACAAAUGGAUCGAGCCUAAGAUCUGCAGUGAGACUGUCGAAGGAGCACUGAAGCUUCCCGCGUCAGGGGAGAAGCAAACCUGUCCGCCAUGCAACCCGGGUUUCUUUGCCUCCAACUCCUCCACCUGUGAGCCCUGUCCCAGCAGAUCCUUCUCUAAUGGCACAGUUUGCACUGAGUGCCCUGCUGGCACAGAACCGGUGGUGGGCUUUGAGUACAAAUGGUGGAACACGAUGCCAGCCAACAUGAAGAGCUCCGUCUUCAAUCAAGUGUUCAGUGACUCUGACCGGCAUACUGCGUGGGAGGUGGCUGGAGAGUAUAUCUACACCACCCCCGGGGAUCAGGACACAGACUAUUUAAUGCUCACGCUCAGUGUCCCUGGAUACAGGUUGCCUCAGUCCAUGGCCAAAGACGCUGAGAGGAGUGAGCUAUCUCGCAUCACCUUCGUCUUUGAGACCAUUUGUACAGCUGACUGUAAACUUUACUUCCUGGCGGGAUAUAAUCAGUGGAACAACGAUGUGGUGGAGCAUUGGAAUGGCAGAAACCACAAGCAGUCAUACUCCUACUUGAUCCAGAGCAACAGCACCGUCAGCUUCACCUGGACGUUUAAGCGAACAGAGGAAUAUGGCACGGAGAGGAACUACAGCGCAGAUGUUGCAAAGAUCUACUCCAUCGUCAUCACCAACGCCAUCGGAGGCGUGGCCACGAAGUGUCGCCGCUGUGCUCUGACGUCUGUUAAGGCCGGCUCUGCCUGUGUUCUCUGCCCACCGGGACACUACAUGGUCAACGGGACAGGAGUGUGUCAGAAGUGCCCGCCAAACACCUUCAUUAGGACUGAUCAGCCAGUUGGGGAAGCUGCUUGUAUUCGGUGUGGGCCAAACACAAAGACAAACAAGGCCUUUACAGCUUGUCUCAGUGACUGCAUGCUGGAUGUGCGCACAAGCAAAGGAGCGCUGCUGCACUAUGAUUUCUCUCCUUUGGCCAACGUCACCAGCGUCCAUAGCAGCCCCCGCUUCACCAACAAAGGCCUGCGGUACUUCCAUCGCUUUAAUCUGGGCCUGUGUGGGACAGAGGGCCGAAUGCCAGCUUCCUGUGUGGAUAAUGUAACAGAGAGUGGGAGAGAGGUCAAAGGUUAUGUCUGUCAGUCCACUGUGGUUCCCUCUGACAUCAGGAGUCAGAGCCUUGUGUCCUCACAGCCUUUCCUUAUUGGUGACUCACUCAUUGGUGUAACCACUGAGACGAGACUUGGUGACAUCUCUUCUCCAAAGUGGAUGUUCCCUGCAGCAUUGGGCCUGCCAGAUGUUAUAUUCUAUUACAAGUCCAGUGACGCAACUCAGUCUUGUAAACAAGGCCGGUCAGCUACAGUCAGGAUGAGAUGCGAUCCCACAGUGACCACUAAAAAUCGCAUCAUGCUGCCAAGUAACUGUUCAGAGGGGACAUGCGAUGGUUGCACUUUCCACUUUCUGUGGCAGAGCCAGCAUGCGUGUCCACUCUGCACUAAAAACCACUACAGAGAGAUCGUCAGUGCUUGCAUCCAGGGAAUACAGAGAACCACCUAUGUGUGGCAGCAGCCUGUGCAGUGUUACGGAGGACAGCCGCUGCCUGCACAAAAAGUCAGUGCUUGUGUGACUCUGGAUUUCUGGCUCAAGUUUGGUGUUUCCACUGGAGCCGUCGCUGCUGUGUUGCUCAUCAGUCUCAUCUGUUAUUUUUGGAAAAAGACACGCAAGCUGCAGUAUAAAUACUCCAGGCUGAUGAUGACCUCUGGGGGUAGGGAGUGCGAGCUGCCCACCGCAGACAGCUGUGCAAUAAUGGAGGGAGAGGAUGCAGAGGACGACCUCAUGGACCUCACCAAGAAAUCCUUUUUCACCAAAAUUAAGUCUUUCUCACGCGAGAGAACAUCCGACGGAUUCGACUCGGUUCCCCUUAAGUCAUCAUCUUCACGCCAGCGACUAGUAGAGGAAGACUCUGAUGAUGAAAUUGAGCAGAUCACUCUACCAAGGCACAGAGGAAGUGUUCAGAUGUAG